AUGGGCCUGAGGGACCAUCCGGAGGAUGGGACAGGCCCGGGGCUGGAUCUGGACUACCUCCACGUGGAAGGCGCUGAGCGGCCAGAAGGUCUGGGUGCCGCAAAAGAUGCCGGGAAUGUCGCGACUGUGGACUCCGGCGCCCUCAGCGACAGCACCAGCAGUCUGGAUAGCAGCAGCGUUAGCUUCAGCAGCAGCUUCUCCGAGGAGGGCGGAGACAGUGAAGAUGAACGUAUCCAGGCCCCAAACAGUGACUCCCCCGCCGGGCUGGACCCGGUACCAAACCAAUUGGUGGAAAUAUCCCCUAAUAUUCAGGCCGCCACAGACUGUCGCAGCAAAGUGGAUUUCGCUCUGAAGCUGGGCUACUCUGAAGAACUGGUGCUGCUGGUGCUGCACAAACUGGGCCCGGCAGCACUCAUCAACGAUAUCCUGGGAGAACUGGUCAAACUGGGGACCAAAGCUGAUGUGGAGCAGCCUGGAGGUGGAGGCACACAGGCUCCUUCUUCCUCCCUGACAUACUCCUCACCUUCAACGGACUCCUGCAGGCUGCUGUGCUCCUCCAAACUACUGGAGGACAAAGACAACCUUCGGCCCGUUGUGGUGGAUGGGAGCAACGUGGCAAUGAGUCAUGGAAAUAAGGAAGUCUUCUCCUGUCAAGGCAUCCAACUGGCUGUUGAUUGGUUUCUGGAACAAGGUCACCAUGACAUCACCGUUUUUGUCCCCGCCUGGAGGAAGGAGCAAUCGCGUCCGGACGCUCUCAUCACAGACCAGGAAGUCCUACGGCAACUGGAAAAGGACAAGAUCCUGGUCUUCACGCCGUCUCGCCGCGUGCAAGGACGCCGGGUGGUCUGUUACGAUGACCGCUUCAUCGUCAAGCUGGCCUAUGAGUCCGAUGGCAUCAUCGUGUCCAAUGACAACUAUCGCGAUCUGGCCAACGAGAAACCGGAGUGGAAGAAGUUCAUCGACGAGCGGCUGCUAAUGUACUCCUUUGUCAAUGACAAAUUCAUGCCCCCAGAUGACCCACUUGGACGCCAUGGCCCCAGCUUGGAGAACUUUCUCAGGAAGAGACCCAUUAUUCCAGAACACAGGAAGCAGCCAUGUCCUUACGGCAAGAAGUGUACGUAUGGCCACAAGUGCAAGUUCUACCACCCUGAACGGGGCAGCCAGCCUCAGCGUUCUGUAGCGGACGAGCUCCGUGCCAGCGCCAGAAUAUCCUCAGCGGUGUCUAAAGGCCAGAUGGAAGACACCCUGAUGGCCAAGAACCUAACGCCAGGCCAGGCAGAGGAUCUGUCUGAGUCCUGCCGGGUAAGCCUAAAGAAACAGUUCAGCCCUCGGAGUUCCCUCACAGAUCUCCUGGACGACCAGCUUCGAGUGCAGUCCAAAGUAGAAGCAUGCAGGGGAAGCACUAGCUGUAGUAGAAGCAUCUUUGGGCAACCCUUGGAAGGGAAGCCUUCUUUCUCAGGCAACCUGGAUAGACAGGAAUACCAUCUAGCGUCUGAUGGUGGAUUCAGUGGAUCCACAAGGCCGAGAACUACCGAAAGUUACUAUCGAUCCGAUUCUCCAGUGUUGGGCUACAGCUCCCUGGUGAAGGCCUCUUCUAUCAUCAGACUCCCUGCUCCAGAGAGUCCAGAGCGCAUCUUCCCAGCUGAUCUUCGAGCACGGUAUCUUCCCUCUGACUGCAGGAGUGACGGCAAUGUCAGCUGUGAAACCUUCUCUCCUGACCCUGUGUUCGACGACAGGCCUACAUGCCACCAUCACCACCGCCAACUCUGCCUUCCCCACACCCCUCAUCGCUGCUCCAACCAGUACGUCCGACCUGUUGGUCGUAGUCCUCCGGGUCUGAGCCAGCACACCGGUAGAAGAAGACCCGAUUUUGACGCGGACAAACCUCCCUCACGUAGUCCACUACAUCCCUUCCAAUCUGCAGCUGCUCCCAUUUUACCCACCCAUUUUCAGCAUUCGUUGCUGAGCCAACAUCCAGGUGACCGUUUUAGUCCUACGCUACGUCCACUUCAAACAGCCAGCACUCAGGGAUCCCUUCUGGGCUGUAAUCUGACAAGUUCUCUUUGGCAAGAAGAUCGGCUACAGGAAUCCAGAAUGUACGAAAGGUCCACUUUUCUUCCCAGGCGGAAUUAUUCCGAGCUACGACAACAGCAACAUCAUCAAGUGAACUGGGACCAGCACUACCAGCAGCCCCCAAGACCUUGUUAUGAUCUGUUUCCCCUCCAGAACCUUCCUGAUGUUCCUGAGAACGUCUGGUCUUCUCCUUGGAGCAGACAUUCCUCACUGCCGCACAUCGCGGCGAAACCGCCCCUUCCGUCCGCCAUCCUGCAACGUGAGCCCUCCUUUAUGGGUCAGUACCAGGACCGAAGGCAGAGGGUGUUUCUUAACCUCUGCGGCAUCUUCCCAGCCGACUUGGUGAGGACGGUGAUGACUCGGAACCCUCACCUGAUGGACGCUCAGGAGCUUGCCGCUGCCAUAUUGAUGGAGAAAGCACAGGCGAGUUCUUGAAUGCUCUUUGUAAGGAUCCAGGUCGUGUCUGAAGGCCUGAGACCAGAUGAGCAACAUCCGACUGAAGACUCCAAGGUGCCUUCGGGUGGUUCCACACUUGGUCCCUUAUUUGUGCACACGAGAACACUGCGCACGAUUAAAACUGGAUUUGGUUCGGUUGAAGCCCGACUGUAGGGAAGGGAUUCAUGUGGUCUUAUUCCUGAGUGGAUCUCGCCAGAGGAAGAGAGGGGUUUGAUCUUUUUGUCCCAUUUGAAGUGCUUCAACACUUUACUGCCAUCUGGCGGCUACAGCGGAUAGUGCGCCCGCCCCCAGCCGCCUCGAACGGUGCCACAUGAACCCCCUUCCUACUGCGAUCCAGGUUGACGGUGCCUUGCCUUGGCCACUCUAGUGCCUAAUGAAGUGGAUUAGAAAGAGAAGUGACUCCUCUUUGAAAUCGCAAUGUGAACCCAAAAAGAAGAAUCAGUUUUUCGGGUCAGCCGGGUCCCUUUUUGGUCUGCUUUUAGGCCUGGGUCUGUUUUGUUUGUAAAAGGUGGAAGCGUCCUUCCAAGUGUUUCCUGUCAAAGUACAU